AUGGAUGAAAGAGCCAUUUCAUUGAACAUGAAUUCGUCGACGAAGAGUGAAGUCAGUCAGAGUGAAUUGAGUAAAUUACACGAGUUAGCAAAUCAAACUGAACAACAACUUCAAACAGCGAUUAAUUCGAGUUUUCAACGUAAUGAGAAAUUGAACGUUCUUCUCAAUCGAAGUGACCUACUCUUACAUCAGAAUCAAGCAUUCGGAAUCGGUGUGAUGGACUAUCGAAACGAAAUCAGACGAAAUCAAACGCUCAAUAGAUUGAAAUUCAUCGCAAUCGGAAUUCUUCUUUUCGUUGUGAUUGUCCUUGUUGUUAUUUUAAAUAUUAUUUUAAAUCAUACAGAUCAACUACAAGAUCGAAAUACAAAUAUAAUUCUCGGAUAA